GGGACACGGGGCGGGGCCCGGGGGCCGACGAGGCGGGGACUCGGGGACUCGGGGCGGCCCGGGAUGGUCAGCCCCGCCCGGCCACCUGCGCCCCGCCCCGGCCGCGCCCGAGCCUCCGAGCGGGAAGCGAGCGCCUGGGCACCGCACCCACCCCGCCGCUCCGCGCCCUGCAUCCCGCUUCCCGGCCCGGCCCGCGGCGGACGUUUGUCCGGCACGAUGACCAACCCCGCGGCCGCGCAGAGCCAGGACAUCGACUGCCUGAGCCCCGAGGCGCAGAGGCUGGCGGAGGCCCGGCUGGCAGCCAAGCGUGCGGCCCGGGCAGAGGCCCGGGAGAUCCGGAUGAAGGAGCUGGAGCGACAGCAGAAGGAGAUCUAUCAGGUUCAAAAGAAAUACUAUGGGCUGGAGUCCAAGUGGGGACACAUCGAGCAGUGGAUGGAAGACAGCGAGCGCUACUCUCACCGGCCGAGGACAACCCCCUUGGCAUCUGAGGAAGACGAGCUCCUGUCAGUGGGCAGCCGUGGGAGCCGGCUGCAGCCGGACCUGGAGUUCAGGGGUCCUUACAGCUGGACCAACGGUCACGACGCAGAAUCAUACGCAGCACAGGCCCUGCCGAGCAGAAGACCCGUGAGGCCCUCGGAGCACGGUGGCCACCUCAACUCCUGCUCCCGGGCCAGCUCUGCACGUGCCAGCCCCCUGGUGGAGGAGAGACCUGACAAAGACUUCGCCGAGAAGGGGGCCCGCAACCUGCCCGGCCUGUCGGCGGCCACGCUGGCCUCUCUGGGGGGGACGUCCUCCCGGAGGGGCAGUGGGGACACGUCCGUCUCCUUGGACACCGAGGCGUCCAUCCGCGAGAUGAAGGACCUCAGUGAUCUCAGGGACCAGGUUCAGGACGUGGAAGGCAGAUGCAUGCAGGGCCUGCGGGAGAUGAAGGACUCGCUGGUGGAGGCGGAAGACAAGUACAGGAAGGCCAUGGUGUCCAACGCGCAGCUGGACAACGAGAAGACCAACUUCAUGUACCAGGUGGACGCGCUCAAGGACCUACUGCUCGAGCUGGAGGAACAGCUGGCCGAGGCCCAGAGGCAGCACGAGGACAAGAGCAGGGUGAGGGCGCCACGGGCUCACAGACGAGCAGG